CCUCCACAAAUCACAGAAGGGACCAGACCUCGAUCAUUCGAAUUGACCUGGAACGUUGCUGAAGAAAACAAAGCCUCGUUCGCGGACCCAAUCAUCUACGUCCUGCAAGUACGAACGUAUUUCGGUCCCGAAUUCGAUCCAAUGGCAGCAAGUGCCUGGAGGACUCUAACGAUGACAACUGUUCCUGGAGCUCGGCUUAGCGAGCCAGAUGUUGGUUGGUGGUAUCAGUACCGAAUCGCUGCCGUGAGUCGUUUUGGAUCGAGGGGAUUUGGCGACUCAACUACACCACCAGUUCGCCUAACUAGUCAACUCCCACAGGCGGCAUCGGCACCGCGACAACUCGUGGAUGGUGUAUGGCGGUUUCAGGCGGACGGCGGAGUGCAUGUCCGCAUUGAGUGGAAAGCUCCGGCAACUGCUGUCAUCCCUGUCACAGAGUAUCGGGUGGGAACUGAACUAAUUCAGCUUUUUUUAUAA